GAUCAACAAAAAAUAAAUAAGUUGGAAGCACGUUUGCGAUACCUCGAGUGAGUGUUGCAGGCUUGAAGGUCAACCGUCUAUUUUUAUAUUUCGCUGAUUGCGUUGCAACUGCCCGUAUCGCAUUCCUCGCCGGCAAUUUGUUGGCGGCAAGUGCUUCAACCCUUCGCUCAUUGCAUCAUCCCAGCGCUUCUCUCUGAAGCCCCGACCCUGAUCCGCUUCCAGAAGCCCUAGAAGUUGUGGGCCAAUAUCUACCAAAAUAUUUAUUCAACCUGAUAUCUUCACCUCAUUUAGGGGAGGUGACGAAGCGUAAUAAACAUGAAAGCCAUCCUCCAGCGGGUGCUCAGCGCCUCCGUCACGGUCGACAAGCAAUUGGUAUCAUCUAUCGGGAAAGGGAUACUGGUCUUUGCUGCCGUAGCACCAGGAGAUACAGAGAAAGAUGCAGAGACGUUGGCCGCAAAAGUGCUGAAGAUGAAGCUGUGGGAUGAUGAGGCGGGUGGAAGGUGGAAAAUGAGUGUUCAAGAUAUCCGUGGAGAGGUUUUGUGUGUUUCACAGUUCACAUUGCUCGCAUCGACGAAGAAAGGAUCGAAGCCGGAUUUCCACGGAGCCUUAGGAGGAGACCAGGCAAAGGAGCUCUAUCAGCAUUUUGUCUCGAAGGUCCAGCAAGGAUACAGCCCAGAACGGGUAAAGGAUGGGGUUUUUCAGGCCAUGAUGGAAGUGGCUUUGGUUAAUGAUGGUCCCGUCACCCUGGAAAUUUCAACAGGGCCAAAUGGACAGAAAUGAUGCGCAAGUCAAAAGGGCUGACACAAGGUGGACCGCGAGACGGCUGUUCAACCAUGGAACAUUUUAUAUAGAUUUCUAUAUAUAGAUUGUACCGCCUGAGAAGGGCGGGCUAUUGAAGCUUAUACUGUUCUCUAUAUUGUGGACUUCUUCUAGUCUGUUGCUUCAAUGACUGAGGGUGGAAGGGGGCGUUAUCACGUGAUAAGCAACUGAGAUAUUACAUAUUCAU